AUGUUGUUCCCAAUACUACUAUCACUGGUAUCAGCCGUAGCAGCGCAGCACAUCUCAAACACACAAAGUGAGGUGGCUACCGGCAGUGCUUGUUCACAGAUAGCCCACUCCUACGAAUCCUGGUCCAAGAACGGCGGCCAUGGAGACUUCACCAACAUCCCAGGACAAACAGCCUACGGCUGUCUGAUGUCCAUGCCCUUUGACUCCGAACGGGCAGUUCAGUUCCUGGAUGAAUACCUGAAAUACCUUCAAUUCCAGUCAACUCUGGAUUCUCUCAAACACCCAACACCCGGUUACAUAACCCCCUCCAUCGAUCUCCUCAAAGGCUUUUCCAAAAUCCGCAAGAAAGCCGAGACAAGCAUCUACAAAAGCCAAUACGAGUUCGACAACGAUGUCAAGACCCUCAUCCACCGCGCCAACGAAGGACACCUGGAAAUCCAUCUCUGCUCUCACCAAGUCUUCCGCUUCCACCGCAGUCCUCCUUUGGUCUCGCUCUCUUCUGACGGACUUGAGUUACCCGAGAUCUACACCUGGAACGAUGCAAGGUUACUCCAUUCCGGCUUUCCCAGCGUUUCCCACCUCACUGAAAUUAACGGCGUAGACGCCACUUACUUCCUCCAAGCCCACCUAGGCAUAACAUUCGAAUACCACGACCCCGACACCCGCCUCAAGUUCAGCAAUGGUACGACACUCAACGUCUCUACGGCCGCUAUCUGGCCAGGAACAAAUGGACCGAUGAAUUACACCGAUGGCGAGACUUUGUUAAAAGCAGCUUGCAUACCGGGGUAUGAGCCGUCGCUGAUGACUUUCUCUGACCCCAACGUUCUACCACCACCGAGACAUAUCGAUGGGCAAGGGCCGCCGCCAAGUAAAGAGGGUGUCUACCCUGAUCCUAGGGUGCGUGACGAGAGGGAUGCGAUACGGGGGUAUUAUCUUGAUACCCUCGAAAAUGACACGGCGGUGUUGCAAAUUUCCACGUUCCAACACACGGGCGGUAUCAUGUUUUCGCAAACCACCCUGGACUUCCUCACGCGUGCUUCUAGGGACGAUAAUAAAACCAAGUUGAUACUGGAUCUAUCAGGAAAUAACGGUGGAGAUGUGAUUCCCGGUUUCAACAUGUUCAAGAUCUUGUUUCCUGAUUUACCUGUUCGCACGGCUACGAGGUUUCGGGCGACGGAACUGGUUAAGCUGGUGGGCAAGGUUUAUAGUGAGGUUCACAAGGAUGUUGAGGAGAGGAAAGAAGUGCCGAUUGAUCCCCCUUUUGUUGCCAGCGUGGCCGUGGGACCGGGUCAAGAGAGAGUAUUUGGGCAGUGGGAAGAGCUUUUCGGGCCGGAGAUGGCAGAAGGGAGCGGGAAUAUGUCCAACCUGCUUGCCCAUUUUGACCUCGACUUGGCUUCAACCACCACGGACCCUAUCUAUGGUUACGGCGCCUUUACGUUUAUGACCAAGGACAGGCGCCCGUUUAAGGCUGAGGAUAUUGCUGUUAUAACAAACGGCCAAUGCGCCUCAACCUGCGCCCUCCUCAUCUCCUUGCUCCGUCGCCAGGCAAGUGUGCGCACCCUCGUCUUUGGCGGCCGUCCCCGAUACGCACCCAUGCAAGCAGUAGGAGGUGUAAAAGGGGGACAGUAUUGGUCUCUUGGUACUGUCUACCGACAUGUGUCGAAGGCUAUUGAGUUGGCUACCAACGCUACUCUUGCUGGCCGACCGGUGUUAACGGAUGAGGAACUUGAGACGUUGAAAGAGUUGGGGCCUGUUGAUCCCAAUCCUGGAGCUGCGGGCGAUGGUGGGUUCCCGCUGAGGAUGGGAUGGAGGGGAGAGGGAGGGGUGAAUUUUAGGGAUUUGUAUUAUCUUGAUGAAGGAGAGGGAGAGGAUGUCGGUGAUGAAGCCGAGAAUGCUAACGAAAAAGGGGACGAAGCCAGAGAAACCAAACAUAGUCACGAGCGGAAGAAGAAAGAAGAGGGAGAGGGAGAGGGAGAGGGAGCGAGUAAAGGCACAGUUCCGGCGCAGUUCAUCUACGAGCCGGCGGAGUGUAGACGGUUCUUUACGGUGGAAAUGAUGUUUAGACCGGCGAAGAUGUGGGAGGUGGCGAGGGAGGUGAUGUUUGGGGAUGGAGAGUGUGUUAAGGGCUCGGAAACUGGCGAUGGCUCUGGGAAUGCAGAGGGGCGGAAGCCAAAAAGAUAG